AUGAGUUUAGACUUGAUUUUUAAGAAUCAACCUGUUGAGAGACAAAAUUCGAACCGAGAUCAAACUUUUUGA